UAAAACGCAAUUUUUAGCAUCACGUAAAUGUCGUGCUUUUCCAGAGUGCGAUAAAUCCAAUCCAAACAUCCGCCGAUGUGAAUCCAUCGUGCUUCCCGAACAUUCUCCAGUGAGGUUACCAGCUCCUCCUGCGUGAACUGUAGGCCUAGAUUAGACCUGACACUGUUUAAUCCACGCUGGACCCCAGACAUACGUCAGCCACAAACCGUCUGCAUACGAAGUCUGUUUGGGCUCCAGAUUCCUCUAAGCUCUCUGAGUCCUCCUCAUGCCUGUGCUGGGUGUGUAGAGGGUCGGUGUCCUCCUCCCUCAGUGCGUCAGAGCAGCGGUAGUGCGGAAGCGGCGCAAUGUUCACUUUUCAACCAAACCGAACACCUGUGACUGUCCUCUACCGCAAAAAAUUCUUCAGUUUUGUAUUCCUGGAAAUCCAACCUUAACAGCAAAAGAGGCAAUGCAGAAGUUCACACAGCCAGUGGAAGGAAGUGUGUUUCGUCAGACUCCCAGCUGAAACACAAUGGGAACUUCCUGCUUUUUCUCAGUGAGGAGAGCAUCAAACUCACUUUUAGCCUGUGAACAGAGAAGAGCAGCAUUUAUGUCAAGCCAACUGUCCACCACGAGGAGCUUUGAUUUGAAGCAAUAAAAGCUUGAGGUCAACCGUGAACCUGGAAAACAGCAUUUUUCACCUGUUUGGAACGGUGGGUUGGAACUUAUCUGUGAUGACUGAGUGUGCUGUGCUGGACAGCCUCAGUGAAGAUGGCUUUCACAGCUGUGAGGGCUUUGAGGACUGGUCCACCUACAGCCCUAUACACUGGAAUGAGUAUCAGGGGGAUGGCAGCAGUUUUGGAGACUGGAAUAGUUUUCAUGGCAGCCUCAGCAAAAAGGUGGAACCUUCAGCUCUGUCACCUCAGGAAAGAAGUUCUGACCAUAAACAAAAGGUGGAGAAUGAUGACGGGGUCAGCCCCUGGAUUGUGUUUCACAAUUGUUUCCAUGUUGAGGAGACAGUGAAAGAUACUGCUGUAAUGGAGAUUCCACCACUGUCCCAGCUACUGCACAACUUGACACACAUACCCUAUGAUCCACCAGCACUAUCAAGAGAGGCUGCCAGCCUGUGCCAUCGUCUGUUGUAUAAGAUGGAGUAUCUGAGCCUCUUUAGUCCUAAACCCAGCUUACACUCCCACAAGCAGCUGAUCAACACACUCCAACUCAAACAUUCAGACAUGAACACCUCACAAAAUGCUAAUUUGCCUGACCUGGGUUUUGAGGAACCUGAAAGUUCUCCUGCUGCUCUCAUCCAGACUAAGCUAAUGGCACCAAUUCGGUGUCAGAAUAAACCAGGAUAUCUCUACCAGAUCUCACCCCAGUGGUUCAGCCAGUACAGUUUGAGACUUCUGCCCCAUCAGAACAAGCAAGACCUGCUACAAUGAACUUAAUACACCACACUAUGCACCUACUGCAAAAUACUCACAGUAUAUCCGCUCAGGGAAGAUUUUCUGACAAAACAAAAAGAUAGAAAAACAGUUACAUACAGUACUACUUGCACAAUAAUGGAUUUAUUUGUUGAACUGCGAUUAUAUUGUUACAAGCUACUUAAGGAAUAAGCUGUUACACUGACCUGAGAAUUUUCUAAGCGUAUUCAUCCACUUUAUACAUUUAUAUGAAAGAAUCACUAUUAACAGAGAAAUGUGGCCCAGGCUUGUGUGUAUCCACAAAAAGUUCUUCGACAAUAAACAGAACAGAAUGAGUGAAACACAAGGGUCCGAUUGAGCCAUGACAAAUUCCCAAAUGUGUGGAAAUUAAGCAGCCUCAGUUUGGAAUGGAAUGGAGUGCGAUCUGACUGUCUGUAGUCCGGCAGGUAAUAUGCUUUAGUAAGUUCAGGUCUAGUCUAGUUAUCCUCUUUUUAGUUUCACUAUCAGAAGCCCUCAACUCCUCAAAGAUAUGUCUGCUUACUAGAAAUGCUGUCUUUGGAAUUGAAUAUAGUGGGGUAUGAUUGCAUGGCUCCCAUCAUGUGCCUGUCACCACCAACUCCCACCAACCCUCCACCUAGAUCAGUGUUUUCGAAUCCUAUUCCUGGAGGUACGCUGUCCUGCACAUUUUAGUGUUUUUCCUGCUUUAACACACUCUCUUCAACACAGGAAGAGGUUGUUAAUGAGCUGUUCAGUUGGAUUAAGUGUGUAAGGAACAGGCAAAAAACUUAAAUGUGUAAGUGUGUCUCCUAGACCAGGGUAGGGAAACAGUGGCCUACAUGGUCAAUCAAUCAGAUAAGUCCCUGCAGUGAGUGUGUUAGCUAGCUAGCUAAUCUCAAACUAAUCUACUCUAACAUCUGUCAUUAGAUAUUAGACUCGAUUAGAUCUAUUAUCACAUAAUAGAAUCUAUUAUGUUAUCGCAUGAGUCACUGUUUGUUUAGAUCAUACCAUUUGUUACUGUUAUUUGCUAGAAAAAAUGAGAGCUAGGAUCAAAGAUAUGAACCAGAGACACAGAACACAUUUAUAUAUACAAAUAUAUCUAUCAUUUUUUUCUACAAUGCUGCCUGGACUCACAGAGAACUGAAGAAGCAAAAACAUUUGCUUACUUGAAAAUUACUUGGGCUUUAUGUAAUAUUUGUGGAACAAAGAUAUGUAUUUAUAUAAGUUAUACUAAGUCUUAACAUUGUAGGUCAAUAUAUUAAGGCUAUGGUUUGUAUUAAUAAGCUUACCUGAAUGUUACAAUUUUGCAGUUUUGCUUAAGUCAGCUUGCAAGAUGUGAAUAAUGACUUUGAAACAUUCUGUAUACACUGUGGACAACUCUUAAGGUGGAUGGUAUUUCUUCAAAAAGCAGAAUAAUUGCAAAAUAAAAAGAAUUCAAAGGCUUGUUA